AUGGAGGACGGCGUGGCCGGGCCCCGGCUCGGAGAGGCGGCCCAGGCGGCCCAGGCGCGAGCACGGCCCGGGGUGGCGCUGCGGCCCUUCGCGCCGUUCUCGGGGGCGGCCGCCGUGGACCAGGGCGGCGACGACUGGAGCUUCAUCGACUGCGAGAUGGAGGAGGUGGACCUGCAGGACCUGCCCAGCGCCGCCAUCGCCUGCCACCUGGACCCGCGCGUGUUCGUGGACGGCCUGUGCCGGGCCAAGUUUGAAUCUCUCUUUAGGACAUAUGACAAGGACAUCACCUUCCAGUACUUCAAGAGCUUCAAACGGGUGAGAAUAAACUUCAGCAGCCCCCUGUCUGCGGCAGACGCCAGGCUGCAGCUGCACAAGACCCAGUUUCUCGGGAAGGAGAUGAAGCUGUACUUUGCUCAGACUCUCCACAUCGGGAGCUCCCACCUGGCCCCGCCGAACCCCGACAAGCAGUUCCUGAUCUCCCCUCCCGCCUCGCCGCCCGUGGGCUGGAAGCAAGUGGAAGACGCCACCCCGGUCAUCAACUACGAUCUGUUAUACGCCAUCUCCAAGCUCGGGCCAGGGGAGAAGUAUGAACUGCACGCAGCGACCGACACCACUCCCAGCGUGGUGGUCCACGUGUGUGAGAGUGACCAGGAGAACGAGGACGAGAUGGAAAGAAUGAAGAGACCCAAACCCAAGAUCAUCCAGACCAGAAGGCCGGAGUACACACCUAUCCACUUAAGCUGAACCGGCCCCCGGACGAAGAAUUCCAACUCAUAUUCACGGGAAGGAAUGUUUUACUGUGAACGUGGCCGGUCACGACUUGGCAGCCGUGAUCACGGUGGUGGAGGUGCCAGUUCACGUUGCUCAGAAGAGGGUCCAGGCUUUGCGUCCUGGUUCUGAUCCUGCACAUCACUGUCCGUGGUCCCGGGAAUGUCCUGGGCCCAUCACUGCGUCUGGAGUGAUCGCACAAGGACACUCGAGAAAACCCGAUAAUGAUAGUGUUUGUACUUGUUCUUUUCCGGUGGGUUCUGUGUUUGCCAAGGGCAGGCUGGUCAGUGGGUCCGGGACCCGGGUCCAUUCCCACGCAGCCCUCCAGGGGGACCCUCUCCUGGUGGGAGAGGCACCUCGUGACCACGAAGUGUCUGAGGCAGGAAGGUGGUGAGAACCACAGUGCAGUGUGCAAACCAGGGCUCCCCCGCCCCUCCCCGCGGCCGUGCAUGUGUAUUCCCGAGCUCCAGAACUAACCUCUGUCCGUAGAGCUCCACCCUCGUGUUCUGCAUGUUUUGGGACGAUAGGAGAGCAUUUGGAAGCUGGCGCCUUUCUAGAUCCUCGACUCCUCACACAGCACUGUGUGGCCGUGCCCGGAGCCCGCCCGUGGGCACCGCCUGGCGCGCGUGGAGCCUGCGUGGACUGAAGCCCAUCGGCCGCCCCUCCGUGGGGGUUCGCUUCCGAAAUCAGAGAACAGCAGUUUCACUGCCAACUUCGAGGGGGUGAGGCAUGUCAGCUGAGGGGUCCGGGCCGCACAGCGGUCUCAUCUGUUUCUUUCACAUGGUGGUUUAUCAUGAGUCACAGCCAAAACCGUUGGGAAUUAUUGGUUAGGACAGUUGAUUUGUUUUUUCUUUACUCUGCUAAAACAUGGAGAUGAACUUGUAAAUAAAGCUGAUGGUGUAUUAUCCAUACCUGUUGUGCUCUCGGGUGAAAACACGUGGCCUGGAAGAACAGUGAGCUGUAGUAACCGCCUGGACUCGUGUGUCAUAGAAAACACCAUUACGGUGUUUGACGGGACUUGAAUUCAAAGCAUGUGAGUGGACGGGGGGUGUGCGGUGACGUGAGGGACACAGUGCCUUCCCCACUCAUUCCCGAUGGAACUGGUACACUCAGUCAACGUCUGUGACUUUUUCCUCGUUGUCAUGUGUAUGUCUGGUAAACAGGUAUUAACUUUUGGCCUUAAAAUACCAUAACAAAGUUUGUCCUUUUGAAAUACCUAAUGCCAAGUAACAGUGCAUGCUUUGGAAGCUGGGAAGGUGCUUCUCCUUAAGGAGUGAAUAGGUUCGGUUGUUCCUAUCAAGAAAUGAAUGUUCUCAAAACCCUGUUUACAGUACUUGGGGGUGGGGGCAGGUGCAGGAGAGACCGUCGCCUAGAUCCAAGUGUUCCUGGUCAAGUGCUUUUAAACUGGAGAGGCCAACCUCAGACUAUUUUUUAACCGCAUUCUAUAAUAA